AUUUGAGUUCGCUUUCUCUGCUAUCUGGGAUCGCUCUGUUGGAGGUGAAGGACCGCCUGUCCCCUCUCUGCCUUUGCUGUAAAUGGCUUUCGGGACGUAUUUUAUUUGAAUGUCUGGGCCCUUUAAGUGACCAAUAAUGGAUAUUCUGUGGAUAUUAUGGACCAUACCGGCCGUAAUAGCAGUUGAAGAGACACUCAUGGACUCCACCACAGCCACAGCGGAGCUGGGCUGGACAGUCUACCCUGUGUCAGGGUCGAGUGACAACAGCUGGGAGGAGGUGAGUGGUUACGAUGAAAACAUGAACACUAUCCGGACGUACCAGGUCUGCAAUGUUUUUGACAACAACCAAAACAACUGGGUACGGACAAAGUACAUCCGGCGUCGUGGCGCGCAGCGGAUCCACGUGGAGAUGAAGUUCUCUGUGAGGGACUGCAGUAGCAUCCCCAACGUGCCAGGUUCCUGUAAAGAGACGUUUAACCUGUAUUACUAUGAAUCUGACGCUGACACGGCCACCAGAACCUCACCAGCUUGGAUGGAGAACCCCUGGAUCAAGGUGGACACCAUUGCAGCAGAUGAGAGCUUCUCCCAGGUGGACCUUGGAGGCAGAGUCAUGAAGAUCAACACCGAGGUCCGGAGCUUCGGCCCCGUGUCACGUAACGGCUUCUACCUGGCCUUCCAGGACUAUGGUGGCUGCAUGUCGCUCAUCGCUGUUCGAGUCUUCUACCGGAAGUGUCCUCGUAUCAUCACUAAUGGGGCAUUGUUCCAGGAGACGCUCUCCGGGGCAGAGAGCACCUCCCUUGUUGCUGCAAGAGGUGUUUGUAUCCCCAAUGCAGAGGAGGUGGAUGUUCCCAUUAAACUGUACUGCAAUGGAGAUGGAGAAUGGAUGGUACCCAUUGGGCGCUGUAUGUGCAAGGCUGGGAAUGAGGCUGUGGAGAACGGGACUGUUUGUCGAGCUUGUCCGUCGGGCUUCUUCAAGCCGACUCAAGGAGAUGAGCCCUGUAUGCAGUGUCCCAUCAACAGCCGCACCACCAGUGAAGGCGCCAUCAACUGCGUUUGCCGCAAUGGAUACUACCGCACCGACUCCGAUCCCCUCCAGAUGCCUUGCACAACUGUCCCUUCAGCUCCACAGAAUGUCAUCUCCAGCGUGAACGAAACCUCUGUGAUGCUGGAGUGGAUGCCUCCUCGGGACUCAGGGGGCCGUGAGGAUGUAGUCUUCAACAUCAUCUGCAAGAGCUGUGGUGGAGGCCGGGGAGGCUGCACCCGCUGCGGGGACAACGUUCAGUUUUUGCCCCGUCAGCUGGGCUUGACAGAAACCCGGGUCUACAUUAGUGACCUGUUGGCCCACACGCAGUACACGUUCGAGGUGCAGGCUGUCAACGGGGUGUCAGAUCAGAGCCCCUACUCCCCUCAGUAUGCCUCAGUCAACAUUACCACUAAUCAGGCUGCUCCAUCCACUGUAUCCAUAAUGCACCAGGUCAGUCGUACCGUGGACAGCAUCACCCUCUCCUGGUCCCAGCCUGACCAGCCCAAUGGUGUCAUCCUGGACUAUGAACUACAGUAUUAUGAAAAGGACCAAUCAGAAUAUAACUCCACCACUAUCAGGAGCCAGACCAACACAGUGGUCAUCCGUGGCCUCAAGCCAGGAAGCAUCUAUGUGUUCCAGGUCCGGGCCCGCACCGUGGCCGGGUUUGGACGCUACAGUGGCAAACUGUACUUCCAGACCAUGACUGAGGCGGAAUACAACACCAGCAUUCAGGAGAAGCUACCUCUCAUCAUUGGCUCAGCAGCUGCUGGCUUGGUUUUCCUCAUUGCUGUGGUCGUCAUCAUCAUCGUCUGUAACCGGAGGCGUGGCUUCGACAGGGCAGAUUCUGAGUACACAGACAAACUGCAGCACUACACCAGCGGCCACAUGACUCCAGGAAUGAAGAUUUAUAUUGAUCCGUUCACAUAUGAGGACCCCAAUGAGGCUGUGAGGGAGUUUGCCAAGGAGAUUGAUAUAUCCUGUGUGAAGAUUGAACAGGUCAUUGGUGCAGGAGAGUUUGGGGAGGUGUGCAGCGGGAACCUAAAGCUCCCAGGUAAAAGGGAAAUGUUUGUGGCCAUAAAAACUCUGAAGUCUGGCUACACAGAAAAGCAAAGGCGGGACUUUCUGAGUGAGGCCAGCAUCAUGGGACAGUUCGACCACCCUAACGUCAUUCACCUGGAGGGCGUGGUCACCAAGAGCAGUCCUGUCAUGAUCAUCACUGAGUUCAUGGAGAAUGGAUCUCUGGACUCCUUCCUCAGACAAAACGAUGGCCAGUUUACUGUGAUCCAGCUUGUUGGUAUGCUACGCGGCAUCGCCUCAGGCAUGAAGUACCUCGCCGACAUGAACUACGUGCACCGUGACCUUGCUGCCCGAAACAUCCUGGUCAACAGCAACCUUGUGUGCAAGGUGUCAGACUUUGGUCUCUCCCGCUUCCUGGAGGAUGACACGUCAGACCCUACCUACACCAGUGCUUUGGGAGGGAAGAUCCCUAUCCGAUGGACUGCGCCCGAAGCUAUCCAGUACAGGAAGUUCACCUCCGCUAGUGAUGUGUGGAGCUACGGGAUCGUCAUGUGGGAAGUCAUGUCCUACGGAGAGAGGCCUUACUGGGACAUGACCAAUCAAGAUGUCAUCAACGCCAUAGAGCAAGACUACCGACUGCCCCCACCCAUGGACUGUCCCAGCGCCCUUCACCAGCUCAUGUUGGACUGCUGGCAGAAAGACCGCAACAAUCGGCCCAAGUUCAGCCAGAUCGUCAACAACCUCGACAAGAUGAUCCGCAAUCCCAACACGCUAAAGGCCAUGACUCCGUUAUCUUCAGGUGUUCAUCUCCCUCUCCUGGACCGCAGCAUCCCUGACUUCUCCAGCUUCAGCACUGUGGACGAGUGGCUGGACGCCAUCAAGAUGGGCCAGUACAAAGACAACUUUGCCAGCGCCGACUUUACUACAUUUGAUGUGGUGUCCCAGAUGACCAUGGACGACAUCCUGAGGGUUGGUGUGACGUUAGCAGGCCAUCAAAAGAAGAUCCUCAACAGCGUCCAGAUGAUGCGGGCACAGAUGAACCAGAUCCAGUCGGUGGAGGUUUGACCCUUCCAAGCGGAGCAGAGGGGGAAAAAAAAUAAAUAUAUAUAUAUAUAUAUAUAGGCGGUCGGGAUGCAGGGCUCUGGGUGCGGAGGAUGGAGUGGAUGUUUUUUUUCGCGUGACAGUGUGUCUGGUCUUCCCACCAGACUGCCAUUCAUCCCCCGUUCCCCUCUCCACUUCCUUCUCUCCUCCUCUCAUCCCCUCACCCUGACUCUCUCUCCAUCCUUGGGGAUUAGCUGAGGAGAGUUGUGGAAGCAACAAAAAAAAAAAAAAACAAAACAAAGUUUAGACUUUAGAAGUGACCAGCAACACAUUUUUCAAUCUUCCACCAAUUUUCAUUUGAUGUUGAACAUUUAUUGUUUUGGUUGGUUUGUUCUGAUAAUUUUGUAAAGAUUUUUUUAAAGAAAAAAAAAGAGAAAAACUGAGAAAAGGCAAGGAGUUUAUCUAAAUUUAUAGAUGAUAUAAGGUUGUACACUAGAUGAACUGAGUAGGAAAGCUACCCUUUAAAAGGGCCAAAAAAAAAGAAAAAAGAGAAAAAGAAAGAAAGAAAACAAGGAAGAGUUGAGGAGACGAGGCCAUCCUCAACAAGAUGUGGAUACUGUCUUUGUCGUUUUCAUUUUUGGACAUCGUGAGGAAACGCAGAGCUCUCUGUGGCCUUCUGAAAGGCAAACUGCAGAGGAGACUGAGGGACCCGACGUGCACUCCCAACUGUUUCCCCAGGAGAGAAAGUAAAUAAAAAAACCAUGAAAUGGACAACUUUUGGCAUAGACUGAUGUCAAAACCACAUUCAUUCAGACUGACAAUUCACAUGCUGAAAUCAACACUCAAGAAAAAGAAAAAAAAAUUCUCAUUGCAAGUAAUUUUCUAUAUUGUGUGAAAUUUUGUGAUGAAGAUUCCCUCUCACCACGCUUCCUCUCACUAUAGACAAGAUGACAAGUUUGUUUGUUUUUUUUUCUCUCACGGUGAAAUAUUCACAGCUUGCCAAAUAGAACUCUUCCCCUUUUGCACCCCAAUCAUGAUCCUGUACUGUACAUAUCAGAUGCACUUGACCUGCCAUAACACAAUGACUCAGAGACAGUUUUUAUCGAUCGAUCAGUUCAGGAGCAGAAGAACUGACUAUAGGGAGGAUUUAUUUUUUUGUCACCAUUGGUUCCUGUUCUUAUUUUGUGAAAAAAAAUGUUUGUGAAAAGAAAAAAAAAAAAUAGCAAACUGACUUCCUACGUAAAUCCACACACACACAAAACAGGUUUACAUCAAAGUCCACGUACAUACAGCUACAGUAUGUCCUGUUAUAGCAUCCUCCCUCAUGCUGUUCAUCUCCAGCGCAGUUUGUGUGUACGUGCACGUGUUGCACGCGGGCACCAACACACACAAAAAAGCAGUCGCUCCUGAAGCAUCGGGACUUGUGUUUGAUAGCAUGCUGAGUGAGUGGUUAAUUUCACAGUGCUUUGAUUUGCUGCAAUUACUAGAACUCUGUUUGGUAAGAGCUUGGAUUUGACACACUUUACAGAGUAUAAUGUGGCUGCGCAUUAUAUUCAGCGUUUCUUCUUCUUCCAGUUUUCCUUUUGAAAAGACGUUUUUAUGUUUAAAGUAUUAAAAGUUUUGAUACCACAUGUGGUUAUUUUACACACACACACACAGUCACGAAUAGAUUUUACAAUCAGGCAUUUGUUGAAUUAAAAACAAAAAUGCAAUGUGUUAUAUAAUUGCAAUUUCUGUAUGGAUAUUAUUGAAUUAUUAUUAUUACUUUUCAAUUUUUUUUUCUGCACUGAGUCUCCUGCUUGACUCCAACAAACACUCUGGAUCCUCCAUCAACGCUUUGAAUUUAUUUUUGGAACAUGAAUCAUGUUGGUGCACCAACCCAUGUAGAUAAACAGCUUUUCCCUGUAACAGGUUUUGGUUUUGUUUUAUAGACAGUAUAUGCAUUUAUUGUAUGGUUUCCUGUGAACAAUACUGUCUUAUGAGUACAAAGCUGUCAAUUAUUGUUUGUGUUGUUGUUGCUAACCUGGUGUAAGGGUUUUUGGGGGGAAAGAUGGAGUUCGUAGCAAUGCAGUGAUUCCCCUGAGACGGUGAAUCAGGCGGGGUUUAAUGUAAACAGCCAGUAAAUGAUAGGAGCAGUGCAAAGCUCCUACUGGGCACCGCUCUGAGACCUGACAGCCAGACAGGGAUGCCCAGCUGUGAGCCAUCGGUCAGAUGUGUCCGGUCACAGCGGGGUGGCCCCACCCCGAUCACAGCCGCUCUGUCCAGGCACUGAUUCCCUCUCUCUCCCCUUGAUCACAUACAUGCCUGUCGGCCACCUGUCUGCCGCUCCCACUGAUUUCCUCACAGUCGGUUUCCAGCAGUUGUCUGGUUUUGUCUUGGUGAGUUUAAAGGCAUCAACAGCAGCAGGCAAACUGACACUCAUCAGUGGGGCAGUUGUGUCUUGUCUUUUAUUGUCCUGAUGCUGCAUGUCACUAUGCAGAGAAAAAAAAUUCCUCCAGACUGGACAAUGCUUCCGUGUUUGCUUGUACCAAAUCCUCAGAUCUUGACCCUGAGUUUUUCUGGUGUCACUACAAACAGCUUUAGCACCAAAGCCUCGGUUAAAGAAAGUGAGAAACCUCAGUUACUGCACCCUUGUCAUCCCACCUGUCAUUAUCCCUGGCUGUCCAGAGACCUGAAGGCAAGGAGUGGAGGGAUUUUUACUCUCUUUCUGUCCCACAAACCUCUAUUUUGUUAUUUUCAUCUGCAGUACAACACAUGUCAGAAUGAAUACUUCCUUGGAAGCUUUUAUAACAUAUGAAACUGGAGGAGGAGAAUCAUGAGCUGUUAGUCAUAGCUGAGAAGCAAGUGAGAAGUGAUGCUGUGACCUAAAUGCCACUGAUGCCAACAUGCAGUUUGCUUUUUUUUUUUUUUUUUUUACCAAGCUUUAUUGUCUUCCUUUUCCAUUUCUCAACACUUAACAGCUCAUCAGUUUUAUUUAGUGAGGCUGAGGCUGUACGUCUUCUCAUGGUACGGCAAAUAUUCCAGGGUAAGGAAAAACACUUAAUGUUGUUCAAGACAUUAAUCUAAAGUCUACACAAGGCUGGUGAAUUUUUUUUCUCCCAUUAAAGCUCUUUUAGAUUCUUGUCCAUGGAUGCUGCCAAGACUCUGAGUUAUUAAUCAAGCAAUUAUCCUUGAACUUUGCUUCAAGCAACUACCUAAAACAGGGCAGGCAGGCAUACUCAUUGCUAGACAGAAAAUAAUUUUUUGCAUACCGUCUGUAUUUUCUUGCAGCUAAGAGAAUACUUUCUUGUCAAACUCCUUCUGAAGGGUUAGCUUGUUGUUUUCAAUUUCAUCUGAAGGAGUUACAGAAAACCUUUUGAUUGAAUGUGGAGUGUUUGGAAGCGCUGCAUGAAGUAUUUAUGUAUCUUAUUAUUUUUGAUGGCACAAAAGAGACGUCUUGUUACAGUUCAGGCUGAGCAAUGAUCAGCAGGAGAAGAAACUGCCACACUUACAUCAUAUGUUUCUAGUGACUCUGGUAUACUUUUCAGCAGCAGACUGGCUACUUAUUUUACACCAAAAGCCCAAGCUGUGAGAAAGUCUCUUAUGCCCACUGUUAGACUGUUGAAAAAUGUAUACCAACCAAGUUACUAAUUCAUCUGGUAACGGUCUCUAUGGUGGACAUACUUCUAAAAUAAUUUUUAGAUCAUUCUUUUAUCACUUCUCUGAAAUCAGACUGAAUAUUUCAUUUAAGUGAAAUGAUUGUCCAUUAUUGUAAGUUGUUUUUACAGUUCAAAAGUGCAGUCUGACAUAUAUCUGAAUUUUGGAUCACUGGGAGAUUUAAAUUUGCUGUAUGUCAAUUCAAGAUUUGUGUGUACAGAACAGUCUUUAUUUCCGUGGCUUGUCUCCCUCUCAAAACAUUUGUCUCCUGCUGUUCCCUUUCCAGAAACAAUAUGCAUUAUUUAACUUUACAGAUGGAGUUUUAUUGCAACAUUUCAAAGUUUUACAGCACCAAAAAUAUGCCAUCUGUGCAUACAGACUCCAGCUUCUCUAGUUUAAAAACUUUUUACAGUUUUCUUCUGGAAAUUGAAGUAGAUGCAGUGUGGUUCUGAUGCUCAUGAUGGUUUCACACAAUGUUUGCCCACUGCAACUUUCAGCAAAACACACUGUACUUUCUCCUCUUACAUCUGUGAAGCAAAGUAAAACCAGUCAGCCCUGCCCUCGCUGUGUGCCAAUAUUUGAAGGACAGAGGAAAACCGUUAGGUCUCAGUGUUACAGUUACAUGAUAGUGUGCAUAAGCAGGAACCGUGCCAGGUUGUACCCACUGGGCGGCAUUUGAACACCACCCAACUGCAGUAUGGUCAGAGCCAGAGGUCUGCCUCCUGUUGUGUCAGACAGAAAAUGGCUCCUGUGUAAUGGUUGCAGCAUGAAGCACCAGAGCGCCCUCUACUGCUGUGGUGGUCAAAUGUAGCAUGUUGGACUAGCAGGUCCAGAUAGUCUGUGAAUGCUGCAGCAGGCAGAACUCCAGUGUCCAGGACACUUCAGGAGGCUGCUGAUGGACAAAUGCUGGCUGCUGCUCAGACCAAGCCUGUGUCUUUCCGUCUGCUGGACAAGUAGUCAUAUAACCACUACAGUACCCUGCCACUUGUGUUCUCCUUUAUGAUCCAUGUGUUCCCCUCUGUUUACCCAUCCCUGCCUCUGGACCCCCCCCCCAGUAUGACUCUGGCUGUUGGUUAAUGCAGGCAGGGGAGCCCCAUGUGUUCCCCUGGUUUGUUAAAGCCCACAUUAUAGACCAGUGUCGGUUCAGACCACUGUGACUGAUGUGGGAGAUCCUGUAUUUCUGUAUAAAUGUAUAUUGACUGUAACCCUGUGAAUGAUGUAACAAUUUCAUUAUUUGUAAUAUUGUCAUUGGUUUAUUUUCUAAAAAUGGAAAGCCCAACUUGACUCUCCUCAAUAAAAAAAUAAGAUCUGUUAUUAAAAAAAA